AUGUCGAUCCAACGACCGCCGGAGUCCUCGUGGGACUGCAUGCUUCCGGGCCCACCCUCCCGCCACAACGGCGGCUCCACCGAUCUCUCCGCCACCGGCCUCCUAGCCUACGCUGCCGGGAGCUCAAUUGCGGUCCUCGACACCCACUCCAUGCAACUCAUCACCACCAUUCCCCUCCCUCCUCCUCCAUCCUCCACUUCUCUCUCUCCCUUCAUCACCUCCGUCCGCUGGGCCCCACACCCUCUCCCCCACCACCUCCUCUCCUCCGACACGCCAUCCCACCUCCUCCUCUCCGCCGGCGACCGCCACGGCCGCAUUUCUCUCCUCGAUUUCCGAUCCAAAUCCCCAAUUCUCUUCUUCGAAACUCCCAAUUCCUCCUCCAAACUCGGAAUCCAAGACCUCUGUUGGAUCCAAACCCGAAAUUCAUGGGUUAUAGCAUCCCUCUCCGGACCUUCUCUUCUCUCUCUUUACAACACCUCCACUGGUCGUUGCUUCUUCAAAUACGACGCCACACCGGAGUACUUCUCCUGUCUCCGUCGCGACCCCUUCGAUUCACGUCAUUUAUGUGCUCUAGGCCUCAAAGGUUUUCUACUCUCAAUCAAAGUCCUCGGAGACGAGUCAGAAAACGACGUUGUUUCGCAGGAGCAUCAAAUUUCUACGGACACAUCGGAAUUGCAGAGAUUGGAGAGGGAUGUGAGCGAAUCCUCGCCGGCAUUGGUGACUUUUCCGUUGUAUAUAGUUAAAUUCGCGUUUUCGCCGCAUUGGAGACAUAUAUUGUUUGUUACUUUUCCGAGGGAGUUGGUGGUGUUUGAUUUGAGGUAUGAGGCUGUGUUGUCCUCCACGGGGUUACCAAGGGGGUGUGCGAAGUUUUUGGAGGUGUUGCCGGAUCCUAAUUUGGAAGUGUUGUAUUGUGCUCAUAUUGAUGGAAAGCUUAGUACUUGGCGGCGAAAAGAAGGUGAGCAGGUGCACAUGAUGUGUUCUAUGGAAGAAUUGAUGCCCUCAAUUGGCACAUCUGUCCCUUCUCCCUCAAUUCUUGCUGUUGUUAUCUCCCAAUCGGAAUCCACUCUCCAAAAUAUUGGGAAGCUUUGUUCUGAUGUACCUCACACAUCUUCACUUGAUGUGGAUAUUGAUAAUCCUUUUGAUUUUUGUGAUGAAUCUUCUGUCCUUUUUAAGACACAUUUGAUAUGCAUUUCUGAUGAUGGAAAGAUAUGGAACUGGCUUAUGACUGCUGAAGGGCCUGGAGAUGUUCAGAAGGCUAUAACAGACAGGGGCAUUGUUGCGGAUGUUGGUAAAUUGCCAGUUCCAGAGAUGAACUCUUUGACUGAAGUUACCUCUGGCAGUGACUCUGCACUGGAUGCAGUUAAACAAUCAAAUGAUGUGGAUAGUGGUGGAAGCUGUCCAACCAACUCCACUACCAGCCAGGAAGAGAUGUCACUUAAGAUCAGUCUAGUUGGUCAGCUUCAACUUCUUUCUUCGACUGUAACUAUGCUGGCUGUACCCUCCCCUUCUCUAACAGCUACAUUGGCACUUGCUUUGGGAACUCAAAGUGGUACAAUUGAGGUCAUUGAUGUUUCUGCCAAUGCUGUUGCUGCAAGUUUCUCUGUUCAUAAUAAUGUUGUUAGGGGAUUACGAUGGCUUGGAAAUUCUAGACUGGUCUCAUCCUCCUACGCUCAGGGAAACGAAAAGACUGGAGGCUAUAUUAAUAGGCUUGUUGUGACCUGUCUUAGAAGUGGCCUUAAUCGAACAUUUCGGGUUUUACAAAAGCCAGAGCGAACGCCCAUAAGAGCUUUAAGAGCUUCAUCGUCUGGAAGGUAUCUUUUAAUCUUGUUCCGUGACGCACCUGUAGAGGUGUGGGCAAUGACAAAGACUCCAAUUAUGCUACGAUCAUUAGCUCUCCCGUUCACGGUAUUGGAAUGGACUCUUCCCACAGUUCCACGGCCGGUUCAGAAUGGUUCUCCUAGGCAAUCAUCGUUAUCAUCCAAAGAAAUUAAAGCCAUGCCACCUGCUGGGGCAUCUUCCCCAACAAAAGCAACUUCGACAGAUUCCAAGGAAGGGGGCUCAGAUGCAUCACAGGAUGAUUCCUCCGAAAGUUUUGCCUUUGCACUGGUAAAUGGUGCACUUGGAGUGUUCGAGGUUCAUGGGCGAAGGAUACGAGAUUUCAGACCAAAAUGGCCUUCAUCUUCAUUCGUCUCAUCUGAUGGAUUGAUCACAGCCAUGGCCUACCGUAUGCCUCAUGUAGUUAUGGGGGAUAGAUCAGGUAACAUUCGUUGGUGGGAUGUGACAACUGGGCAGUCUUCCUCAUUCAACACUCACAGGGAAGGAAUUCGUAGAAUAAAGUUCUCACCUGUUGUUGCUGGAGACAGUAGCCGUGGACGUAUUGCUGUAUUAUUUUAUGACAACACAUUUGCUGUAUAUGAUCUUGAUUCACCCGAUCCAUUAGCCAAUUCGCUUUUACAACCUCAAUUUCCUGGAACCCUUGUAUUGGAGCUUGAUUGGUUGCCAUUGCGAUCGGGGAAAAAUGAUCCACUGGUAUUGUGCAUUGCUGGAGCUGAUAGUAGCUUUCGCCUUGUUGAGGUUAAUACAAGUGACAAAAGAAUUGGCAUAGGAUCCCAGCCUAGAUCUACGAAGGAGAAAUUCCGGCCGAUGCCUUUAUGUUCUCCCAUAUUGCUUCCUACACCACAUGCCUUGGCAUUGCGGAUGAUCUUGCAAUUGGGUGUGAAGCCCUCGUGGUUCAAUACGUACAAUAUAAGUAUGGAUAAGGAGCAUUACCAAACUCCAGUAACUACUUCAUCAACAGUAGAUCUUCGGGGUUAUAUGAUUCAUUCACCACCUAUUGGUGACUCUGUGGUGCCAGAGAUGCUCCUUAAGGUAUUAGAGCCUUAUCGAAAAGAAGGCUGCUUACUUGAUGAUGAGAGGGCGAGACUAUAUGCUACCAUAGUCAAUAAAGGUUCUGCGGUGAGGUUUGCAUUUGCAGCUGCUGUCUUUGGUGAAUCAUCGGAAGCACUUUUCUGGUUGCAGUUACCUCAUGCUCUGAAGCACUUGAUGAAUAAGUUGGUUAAUAAGUCUUCACAGAAAGCCCCUGUACCAGCUUCAACUCCCGAGGUUGAUGAUGCAUCUAUGCUGAGUAGGAUAACUUCAAAGGGCAAAUCAAAACGCGGAACAGAGAAACGGAAUGCAUUGAGUAAUGGUCAACUCAGGUUGAUGGCUUUUGAGCAAGAAGAGUUAUGGGAAAGUGCUAGUGAGCGUAUUCCAUGGCAUGAAAAGUUGGAGGGUGAAGUGGCUAUUCAGAACCAUGUACACGAGCUUGUCUCAGUUGGGAACUUAGAAGCUGCUGUUAGUUUACUGCUUUCCACUCCUCCUGAAAGCUCUUACUUCUAUGCAAAUGCCCUCCGUGCUGUUGCUCUUUCAUCAGCUGUGUCUAAGUCUCUGCUUGAACUGGCAGUAAAGGUUGUUGCAGCCAAUAUGGUCAGGACCGACAGGUCAUUGUCUGGCACACAUCUGCUCUGUGCUGUUGGGAGGUAUCAAGAAGCUUGUUCUCAGCUACAAGAUGCUGGAUGUUGGAUUGACGCUGCAACCUUAGCUGCAACACAUUUAAAGGGAUCUGAUUACGCUAGGGUGUUGCAAAGGUGGGCCGAACAUGUCCUCCAUGCUGAGCAUAACAUCUGGAGGGCUCUAAUUUUAUAUGUUGCGGCUGGUGCAUUGCAAGAGGCAUUAAUGGCACUUCGUGAGGCACAGCAACUAGACACUGCUGCCAUGUUUAUCCUUGCUUGUCAUGAAAUCCGUGCUGAAUUCGUCUCCAGCUUGGAUUCAGAUGGAGAAUCAAGUCCUUCAAACAAGGAAAAGCUGCUUAUCUUGCCAGGGUUGAAUCCGGACAGUGAAGAUGCUAUUGCAGUUGGUGAAUAUUUUGGGCAGUACCAAAGAAAAUUAGUGCAUUUGUGCAUGGACUCACAACCUUUUUCUGACUGAGCAGCCUCACUAUCACGGUUAUCUGUUUAUCUUUCUUUUGGAUCCCUGUGGUCUGUUCUACCACCGAUGAAAUUACGAGAGAAACAAUUCAGUGCCAGUUGAAGCAUCCCCUAUAAAAUUGAGUGAUGAAAUCACUUGGACUUGGUACACCAGUGGGAAUUUCCAGUUGGAUGAAUUUGAACAAAGUGGGCUGUGGGGAAUGUCAGGUAUAUCUGGAAAAUCUGCAUCUCCUGAGGGUGGCACAUUGUGGCAAUCCUUAUAAAAAGAAAUCAUCAUGUCGAGGCCCGUGGGUGAUGAUGUUGUGGUAGCCUUUUAGAAGAUUAUGCGAGCAACAUAAUUUUAUUUUCGACUCUUCACAUUAAAAUGCAGUUUGGGAACCAACAUUGGUUGAGAGUUGUACAUUUAUUCAAAAGGGAAAAUUAUUGUAUCCACUGUAUUUUGGGCAAAUUCUACAAUUCAUUUAUGUAAUUUUUAUCAUUUAGUAUUAACCCGGAGAGUUCAUGUAGUUCUCCCCGUUUAGGCCUCCCUUAGUCAUUGGUUCGCAACGGGUAUGAGCUAAUUCUAU